UCUUGUCAACAUAUUUUCAGUCCAGACUUGUAUGCGCUCUAAAUUAGGGUUCGACACAUGUGAUGGUGUUCAUAGCUCAGUCUUAAACUCCCAUCUUUCUUCAAGUGCGCGCAUUGCGCUCCUGCUUUACUCGAUUCAAUGGCAGAAUAUCGAGGAAACCAGUCCACAGAACAGAUCCCAGAAGACCAAACCACUUUAACCAGAAAUUAUUCUCAUGGAAGAGCUCCACAUCAUUGCGGACAGGGGCAGCAGAACAGGAAUCCAGAUGAAACCCAUGGAAACACGAAGAACCACGGCCUGAUCCCCAGCGAGCUCACGAGACCCCGCAGUAACCGGCCAAAAUGUAAAGAUCACAAGCGACUGAAUACACACAAACUAGUCUUACAGUACAUAGUCCCGUGCAUGAACUCUUACGGUUUGUGUAUCGUAGAUAAUUUUCUGGGAGACAGAAUUGGCGAGCGCGUGCUGCAAGAGGUGAGACGCAUUCAUCAGAGUGGUACUAUGCAAGACGGACAGUUAGUGAGUCAAAAACAGGGCAAAAGCAAAGCCAUCCGAGGGGAUAAGAUCGCAUGGGUCGAUGGCACUGAGAGUUGCGGUCACAACAUUGGCUUUCUCUUGACCAGAAUGGACAAAGUCAUCACGCACGCGGACGGAAAACUAGAGAAGUUCAAAAUCAGAGGGCGGCAUAAGGCCAUGGUUGCUUGUUAUCCAGGAAAUGGAGCUGGAUACGUGAAACAUGUAGAUAACCCUAAUGCAGACGGCCGCUGUGUCACCUGUAUUUACUAUCUGAACAAAAACUGGAAUGCCAAGGAGCAUGGGGGAAUACUAAGGAUCUUUCCCGAAGGGAAAUCUUACGUGGCCGACGUUGAACCCUUGUUUGAUCGACUCCUGCUUUUCUGGUCAGACCGAAGGAACCCUCAUGAAGUGCAACCAUCAUACGCUACGAGGUAUGCAAUCACUGUGUGGUACUUUGACUCCGAGGAAAGAGCCGAAGCAAAAAGGAAAUUCAGGGACCUGACAGCCACAUCUCAAGAUGGUACCUCAUCGUAACAUACAGAUACACUGGCCUUUCUCCUCUGAGAGGUUUUUUUUUUUGUCUUAUGUUUUUCUUUUCCUUUUUUGUAUUGCUGUUUGUACCAGAGGUACCUAUCCCCCCACUUAAAGAUAAAGUCUGAAGUUUACAUACACUUUGAUUGAAGUCAUUAAAACAGAUUUUUUUAACCACUCCACAGAUUUCAUAUUGGCCAACUAAAGUUUUGGCAAGUAAUUUAUGAAAUCUACUUUGCAUGACACAAGUAAUUUUUUCCAAUGAUUGUUUCACUUUUAAUUGACUAUUAAUCUUCCUUUUUGGAGAUUUCCUCUGGACCGAUGAAACAAAAAUGGAACUUUUUGGCCAUAAUGACCAUUGUUAUGUUUGGAGGAAAAAGGGCGAGUCUUGCAAGCUGAAGAACACCAUCCCCACCAUGAAUCAUGGGGGUUGGAGCAUCGUGUUUAGGAAGCUUUGCUGAAGAAGGGACUGGUGCACUUCAAUAUAUCCACAUCAUUUUCCUUCCUCAUGAUGUUAUCUAUUUUGUGAAGCAACAUCUCAAGACAUCAGCCAUGAUGUUUUCCUCCAAAUUUGUGGCAAAAUGGCUUAAGGACAACAAAGUCAAGGUAAUGGAGUGGCCAUCACAAAGCCCUGACCACAAUCUGAAAGUAAUAAAAUCUGAAAAAAAUAAUUCUCUACUAUUAUUCUGGCAUUUCACAUUCUUAAAAUAAAGUAGUGAUCCUAACUCACCUAAGACAGGGAAGGUUUUCUACGAUUAAAUGUCAGGAAUUGUGAAAAACUGAGUUGAAAUGUAUUUGGCUAAGGUGUCUGUACAUUUCUGACUGCAAAUGCAUAUUAUGUAUUUGGGAUUUACUUGGUUUGAAUCCAGUCCUCAAAAUCAGAGAAGAGUCCUUUUACAAACAUGCUGCUAAUAUUAAGACUAUUUUGUCAACAAUGUGAGAACCUUAAUACUUAUUAAUGGACUAUUAUUGUAAUUGUGUUUUUUGUCAUUUCUUUUUUUUAAAUGGUUGCUUUUAAAAAACACUUUUUCAGAGAUGCUUGGCUUUCAAAAGAUGUUGAUAAGAAAAUGAUAAAACUAGAUAGCCUUUAUAAAAAUAUUAUGCUAGUAUAUUUUUCAUUUUAAAAGUAUGUGUUUUAAGGAAGCAUUAUAAUUUUAUUUUUUAUUUUUGUGAUUGUGGAUUUGGUCAUUGGCACAUAUUAAGGCAAUUAUUUGUAUUAUUCUUUAUACAGUGAAUGAGAAUUUGAACUGCUCCAGAAAGAAAACAUAAGAAUUUGUAAUUGCUUUCAUUAUCAAUUGACUUGAACUUGUAAAUGAAUAUAUAGUUACAAAUAGAUGCUUUAUUAUUUUUGAAUGACAGUUUGAUGUUGAGCUAGAGAUGAUUAUAGAACUUAUUCUGUACAGUGUUCACAAUGGAGCUUUGUUUGUAAAGCAUAACACAAUCACUUUUAAAAUGCACUUACGGUAAUGAUAUUGCUUUUAUUGUUUGGUCCAAAUGUGUAAUGAGUGUAGAAUUUAUCAGCUUGCAUGCGGGUCAGCAAUGCUGCUCAACCUCACCCUUGGAUGUGUAUUUAUGUCAGUGAAGGUUAUUUGACAGUUGUUCAUCCCAUUUAAAGCAUUCAAUACAAUCUGAGCAAAUUAGAAAAAAAUCUCAGCUGUUACUUUAUGUGACAACAGUCUUGGAAAUGUAUUUUGUAAUGUGUGAAAUUUGGCUGAUGUACUGUACACCAAAUGAGAUUUGCAACUAUUUGACAAGGCCACAUUCAACUAUUUGAAAGUGUUGAAACGUUUUCAACAAUUGUCUAAAUUUUAUACUUAAUUUUUCAGUACUAAUGUAUUUACACUGUCGAAAACAUAAACAUAACGCUAGA